AAAAAAUUGAUGAAGCCCUGACCCUUUAGAUUCCAUUUAUAGUCGGGGCCUGAAUGCCAUCCCCCUGGACUAGCAAACUGUCCAAUCCAGCCGCAAGUGUUGAGAUUCUGUGAGGCACUAAGUGAAAUAUAUAUGCAGGCCCUUAUACCAUUUAACACUCUGGGUCCGCCUUCAAGACACUGGGCUGUGGAUCAACAGAACCACCACUCCUCUUCCAAGAAUCAGUUUGACAGGUUCUUUUGGAGGUGCUCCUUCUCUUUUUUUAACCCAUCCUUUUAAACAAAAUGGCACCAAAGAAGGACGUGAAGAAACCUGCUGCUGCUGCUGCCCCAGCCCCAGCCCCAGCCCCAGCCCCGGCCCCGGCACCUGCACCGGCCCCACCCAAAGAAGAAAAGAUUGACCUCUCUGCCAUUAAGAUCGAGUUCUCUAAGGAUCAGCAGGAUGAAUUCAAGGAGGCGUUUCUCCUAUUUGACAGAACAGGUGAUAACAAGAUCGUCUUAAACCAGGUCGGUGAUGUCCUUCGGGCUCUGGGCACAAAUCCCACCAAUGCAGAGGUCAAGAAGGUUCUGGGAAAUCCCAGCAAUGAAGAGUUGAAUGCCAAGAAAAUUGAGUUUGAACAAUUUCUGCCCAUGCUGCAAGCUAUUUCCAACAACAAGGACCAGGGCAGCUAUGAAGACUUUGUUGAGGGUCUGCGUGUCUUUGACAAAGAAGGCAAUGGCACAGUCAUGGGUGCUGAACUUCGUCAUGUUCUAGCUACACUAGGUGAAAAGAUGAAAGAGGAAGAAGUGGAAGCCCUGAUGGCAGGUCAAGAAGACUCCAAUGGCUGCAUCAACUAUGAAGCUUUUGUCAAGCACAUCAUGUCUAUCUAAAUGGAGUUCUCAAGGUAUCCAUCUGUUCCCUCUUUAAUAGAUCAAGCACUGUUUAUGAAGACUGGCAGGAACCUUAUUUAAAAACACCCAUGACUAACUGUCCAAAGGUGUUUACCAUCAUUCAGAAAAAACAAAACAAUUUGGACCAUUCUAGACUGAAGGACUCCCUGAGUUUUUAUACACCUUACGUUUCUCUCUGAAUUGUAUUCAUACCACACAAACCGAGUGUCUGCUGCUCUAGACAAGAAGGAUAAAAUACUGACAAUCUCAAAUCCAAGUACUGCUCUUUAUUUUCUACCAUGGGUCAAAGAACAUCCUUAAAAUAAUAAAUCAAUAAAUAACUUUGGUCAGUCUGGAAUGUUCAAGUCGCAUUGUGUUUUUAUCUUCUUGCUUAGCGAAACUAAUUUUUAAAACCCCAGUUCUUUUGCUAA